AAUAUUACCAUAAUCAAGAUAAAAAUGGGAAAAAGUAAAAAAGUCAAAGCGAAGCGUGCAGAGCCUCUGGCUAUGAAGCAAUCAGUUGGUCUGGUUGAGGAUAUCACAGCGGACAAUGUUACUAAGGCGGCAUCAAAUCGGCAACCGAAGGUUCGAUUCAGACAAGAAGAAGAUGAUUUUGUCGAUAAUCGAUUAACAAAAAAAAUUCUUGAUGCAGCAGUAAAACAACAAAAAGAACUGGAAGGAGAAGUUGGGAUCGGAGCUUCAAAAUUAAAAACUGUAAAACUAGGAAAGAAAAGUAAUUCCGAUUCAGAAAAUGAGGAUGAUGAUGAGUGGCCAAGUUUAGCAGAAAGUGCUGCUCUUGCCGCUUCGGGGGAAUAUCAAGAUCAAGACAUAGUUAUAAAUCAAGAAGAUGAAAAAGCAUUACAGGCUUAUUUUAUGAAUCCUGAUCCACCAACAAGAAGAACUUUAGCUGAUAUAAUCAUGGAGAAAAUUACAGAAAAGAAAACCGAUGUCUCUACUCUAAUGCCUGAUGUUGAGAAUCCCAUGCCAGAUAUUGAUCCUAGAAUCAUUGAAGUUUACAAAGAUGUCAAAAGCAUUUUAAUUAGAUACAGAAGUGGGAAGCUGCCGAAAGCAUUCAAAGUUUUACCACAUCUUAAAAAUUGGGAAGAGAUUUUGUAUAUCACGGAGCCGGAUACUUGGAGUGCAGCUGCGUUGUAUCAAGCAACAAGAAUAUUUGCUUCAAAUCUUAACGUUCACAUGGCUCAAAGAUUUUUUAAUUUGGUUUUACUGCCACGUAUAAGGGAUGAUAUUCAUUACUACAAAAGAUUGAACUUUCACCUUUUUAUGGCAUUAAAAAAGGCGCUUUACAAACCGGCAGCCUUUUUUAAAGGAAUCAUUUUGCCACUAUGUGAAGAAGGUACAUGUACUUUGAGAGAAGCUACAAUAAUCUCGAGCGUCAACAAAUGCACGAUACCUGUUCUUCAUGCUAGUGCAGCAAUGAUCAAAAUAGCAGAAAUGCAUUAUAGUGGUGGUAACAGCAUUUUUCUCAGAGCUUUGAUUACAAAAAAGUAUGCACUACCAUUUCGAGUCAUUGAUGCUCUUGUGUUCCACUUCUCUCAGUUUCGUAACGACAAAAGGGAGUUGCCAGUGUUAUGGCAUCAAUGUCUUUUAUCCUUUGUCGAGACCUAUAGAAAUGAUGUCUCUGAUGAACAAGCAGAUAGCUUGAGAGAGUUGCUGAGGUAUCAAAUCCAUCCUAAAAUCACACCAGAAAUAAGACAACAACUCAUGUCCAGGGAAAGCAAAGAAAUUAUAAUGGAGGAACCUGAAUAACAAUGAAGUUUAAUCUUGUAAUCAAUAAAUUAUAAAAUUAU